UCUUCAGUGGAAGCAGCUAAUUUGGACCCCUUCAUUUUAUAUGUGUAGUUGGGAUUAUGUUUUCCAAUGGGCUGCAAUAUGUGUUAUCCUGACAUCUAGCACUGCUGAGAUCCUGUGUUCAGUAAUAUCCCUGCCCUUCCUGUUCCCUUUCUCCUCUGAACCCCACCAGCCCAUGGUUACUGUUCCCAGCUUCCCCAGGACUCUCUCACUGUCUGUCUCUGGACCCCUCUGUCAGCAAGAAGCAGUGCCAGGGAGACUUGCCCUCUGUCUGGAGUCUUCGAUUUCUGAGACAUGGAUUUACUUUCUCUGUGUUUUAGGAGACUCUUUGAAAUUGAGUGUCUGUGACAUUAACCACAGUGCAAUCUUUACUGUUGAACAGCUGUGUCCCCUCAGUUCCCCAAGCUGGGGUGCCUUUUACACCUCUUUACUGUGAGAACAACCACUGCUGGGGAGUUAACACACAGUCUCCAGCAUGUAACUCGCUCCCAGCUGCACAGUAUUGAGUGCUGCUAGUCAGUGACUCACGAAUUACAGCACCCCACAGGAGAACCCUAGAAAAUUUUCCGGUCCCAGACUUCCCCCAGAAAUAUGCAUCUUUCCGUGUCCAGCACACUACUGAACAAUGCAGGCUCAUAUGAAGUCUGUUAUUUUAGCGGUGGAAAAUGACAUGCACCAGCCUGGUUAUCCCAAAUGGAGUUUCCAACACACUUGAAUCCAACCACACUGAUUAGAUAAACAAUAAACCAAGAUUGUUAACUACGGGGGAAAAGAAGAUUUCAAGUGACUAAGGUAGUGAGGCAUAAAAGUCAGAAUUGUUUACAAAAGAAAUACAAGAUAAAAACUAGUGUCUAAGUUAACAAGCUAAAACGGAUUGAAAGCAAAUGUUUCUCACCCUGUGCUGAGACAGGCUGGCUUUCCUUUCAGCCAGGACUCCCCCAACCUGCCCCUGCUGCCCAAGUUCAGCUCUUCUGGAGUUAUCAUGAGCAGAGGGAAAGGGGAGAGAGAGUCUCAAGCAUUUUCCUCACCUUUUUGUAGUUCAGUCCUUUACUAGAAACAGCUUCAGUCUCAGCUGAGUCAGGGUGCCAGGCUGUCUGUUGUAGAUAUGAGCUUCAAGUGGACCCUGUGAUGGAAUGUAAAUGUCUUCUUCACACCUUCCCCCGCCGGAGAAUGGCUAUUUGACCGGCUAUUUGCCUUGCUGUCUUUGAGGAACUGGGCUGUGGGUGUUCCCCAGAAUUGUAACUUUUUCAGUAAUAUCAUACUGUAAAAUCUCAUUUACAUAGCGUUGCUACACAUUUUAACAGGAGGAUAAUGUUCAGUAUAUUGUGUUUUCAAAUGAUACCUCACAAGCCAUACUAUGUACAAAAUUGGUCAUAAUUUUUAGAAGAGUGAACACAGGGUACAGACUGACACUGUGUCUGUCUGUGUGUGUUCCCAGCAGAUAUGUGGGUAUUUCAAUCCCUCAGAAGCAAAGUGUUUGGCAUCUUCAAUGACCUGGGGAGCUGGCCUUGGGAAUUGACCCUUUUACUGAGUGUGACACUGUAUGGAAUUGGUUUCCAGUUACCAACCUGAUGUGAUCUCUGAGCUGGAACAACGGGAAGAGCCAUUGGUCCCAGACCUCCAGGGUUCGGAGGAAAGAGAGAUCCAGAGAGCUCCCUGCACAACAGGUGACGCAAUGGUAUGUGAGAAAGAGGAGCAGAAUUCUCAGCAGGAAAAUGUUGAGCAAGUGGAUAAAUACAGAGCAUUAUCGCCGAGAUCAAAAAGUAAUGUGUCCAGGAGUUAUGAGCAGGGAAACUCCUGUGAGAUUCAGCAGAAAUCAGAAAGAGAUCACGGAAACCAUCCAGGGGAGAAUGUGGGUAAAUGUAUUUCCUGUCAGAGAACUCAGAAGGACCUCAUGGAAACCACAGCACAGCAGGAAAUCCUCAAGAGAAAGAGAAAAAAUACAUUCAGUGAGUGUGGGAAAAACUUAAGUGACUACUCAGUCAUUACAAAGCAUCAGAGAAUCUGCACAGGGGUGAGGCCCUAUGAAUGCAGUGAGUGUGGAAAAUGCUUCACUAAGAGCUCAGCCCUUUCUGAACAUCAGAGAAUCCACACAGGGGAGAGUCCCUAUGAAUGCUGUGAGUGUGGGAAAACCUUCAAGUGCAGCUCAACCCUUUCUGAACAUCAGGGAAUCCACACUGGGGAGAGGCCCUAUGAAUGCAGUGAGUGUGGGAAAACUUUCAGUCGCAGCUCACACCUUAUCAGGCAUCAGAGAAUCCAUACAGGGGAGAGGCCCUAUGAAUGCAGUGAGUGUGGGGAAAGCUUCACUAGCAGCUCAGC